CUAGAGCAGACCUCAGGGUUGGAGUGAUACCACUAACUUGAGCACUUCCGCUCACCCGAUCGUUAACUAGAACACAGAAAAUAAAGCCAAGGCUGCAAGGACAAGUUUGUCAUCUGCUCUGAGCUACCAGGGGCCCUGCCAGGAACUCCAGGCCCGACUGGGACCCAUCCCUUUGGAGCAGCUGCUUCAGACUAGGCUAGAAAUCACGGAGCUCUAGUGGUCAAGGGAGCCAUGGAGGACAGAGCUGGUCAGCAAGAGAGACCUAGCCUUCGUCUGGAAAAGCUACAGCACUGGGCCAGGCACAGGCAGAGUGGGCGCCUCCUGGUGCUGGCGGUGAGCCAGCUAUGGCUGGCAGUGGCUGUGGUGCCCUUUGCUGUCUCAGUAGCCUGCCUGAACUCUGCUUGUCACAUGACCACAGCACUGCCACUUGGGCCUGGCAUACUGGGUCUCCUCACUGGGAUUGUUACUCUUGAGCUGCGCAGAGCACCCCAUCUCUGGAAGGUGCGCGCCAUGAUGAUAUUCAACACCUUUAAUCUGAUCUCGGGCUUCAUCGCAUUGGUGGUCGAGGUGAUGAAGACAGCCUUGAUGUCUGCCCGAACCAUCCCCUCCGAGGUACAAGUGAAUAAAGGAGAAUGUGGGAGGAUGCAGAGGCAAGAGGAGGGGAAAGGACAAGGGCAGAUAGGUGCAGGGUCCCCUGCAGCACACCCUCAGCCCCAUCUACCUACAGCUAGCUGGCUUGUUGGUGCUGGAGCUCAGCGCUGAGGCCUUCACCCUAGGGGGAGUGCUGGUCUCAGCAUACUCCCUGUUCCUGCUGAGCCAGAGGAAGCCAAGAUGCUGCAGAAGCCAGAGUCUUCGCUACCAGGAGCUACAGGAGGGCCUCUCAGAGUUGGAGGAAGUUCCUGAGUUGGAGACUGGUCCCACAGUGGCUAGCACAGCAAAGAGAACAAAUGAGUGAGCUGGCAAGUGGAAGC